GCUGGCGACUGCACAGGACAAAAAUUGCCAUGGGGGAAGACGCGGAGAAGCCACAGCCCCGCGAUGGCUUGCUUCGGAAGGUGGCCAUAACUUCUCUCCGUCUGCUGGGCGUGCUGGGCGCUCUCUAUGCCUUUCUCUUUGGCUUGGACUUGAUGGGGAUGGCCUUCAAGGCUCUCGGAGGAAAGGGUGCAGGGAUGCUCUUUAGCAUCACCGACAAUCCCAUUGCAGGCCUCAUGGUGGGGAUCCUGUCCACGGUGCUGGUGCAAUCCUCCUCCACCAGUACUUCCAUCGUGGUGGGUCUGGUGGGAGCUGGACAGCUCUCCGUGCACAACGCAGUUCCUAUUGUCAUGGGAGCCAACAUUGGCACCUCUGUGACAAAUACCAUUGUCUCCAUGGCUCACGUGGGCGAACGCCUGGAGUUGGAACGCGCCUUCUCGGGCGCCACCGUGCACGACAUGUUCAACAUGUUGAGUGUGAUCACACUGCUUCCCAUUGAGGUAUUAGUGGAUGCCAUUCAGGGGCAGGGUGGACCCAUCUAUUGGCUGUCCAUGACCCUGACCAAUGCCCUUGUGGGUUCUGGCAAUCAGGAGAUCAGUUUUACAUCCCCCACCAAGGUCAUCGUCAAUCCCUUGGUGGCGCAAUUUUUGCACCCCAACAAGAAUGUGAUCAAGGCCUUGUCCCUGGAGCCACAGCCCAUGUCCUGCGAGUCCUGUAGUGGCCGUGAAUAUUGCAUCGGCGAUUCGGUCAUGAUGAACUGGAAACACAUCAAUGAGGCCGCUGUAGAAGAGCUGCAACACUGCGACCCCGGCAUCGCAACAGGAUGUGGAGAAGAGAGUAGUUGCAUCAUGGAUGCUAAUCGGUUCUUCACCGACCAUGUGGAAGAGGCUGAUAUCAUCCACGCAGGUUUUCUGAAAGGCCUGGGUGACACAGGUGGUGGCAUUGUGGCCCUCCUUCUGUCGCUGCUGGUGAUUUGCAUGUCCCUCUUUUGUAUGGUGAAGCUGCUGCACAGCCUCAUUCUGGGCAGGGCCAAGGCGAUCAUUCUCAAAGCCACCAACAUGAACGACUACCUGGCCAUGGCAGUGGGGGGCAUCCUGACCUUCAUUGUGCAGAGCAGUUCCGUGGUGACCUCCGCUUUGACGCCAUUGUGUGGCAUCGGCGUGCUGCCAGUCCACAAGAUGUUGCCCAUGACGCUGGGUGCCAACAUCGGCACCACCUUCACGGCGUUGCUGGCGGCGCUUGCUGUGCCGACACACGACAGCCUCCAAAUCGCCUUCUGUCAUUUGCUCUUCAACAUCCUUGGCAUCAUCGUGUGGUUUCCGCUGCCACCCAUGCGCCGUAUCGUGGUGAAUGCUGCCAAGAUGCUAGGUUUUUAUGCAUCCUACUGGCGCCUUGUGCCCCUGCUCUACAUCCUGGUCAUGUUUUUGGCCGUGCCAGGCCUUUGCCUAGCCAUCUCCGUGCUCUACGGUGCUUCCUUAGCAGCGGGCAUCGUCUGCAGCGUGCUGGGACUGUUGCUCUUAUCCGCCAUCAUUGCCUGGUGGAACACUGGGGGAUGCUACAGAGUUGUUAGCAAGGAAGCACGCCAGCAGCGGGCCAUUGAAGUGGCUGAGAGGGAAGCGGCGGAGAAGGAGAAGGAUAUCAUUCCGCCCCCUGAAAUCGAGGGAGUGCAGGAUGCGGUGUAGGUGGUGUGAGGACUUUUGCGUGUCUACCACCUUGUAGUGGCUUUUUGGUUUUCUCUUCCGCCAUCAGCGCCACUGAUGGGUGUCACAUCACUGUUUGGAUCAACAUCCUAGCAACUGUUGAG